UUGACAAAAAACAAUCUGUAAAUUGAAUUAUUUUUAAGUUCAGCAGCGUAUGCGUGCUGCUCAUUUAUUGUGCAUUAUAUGCUAAUUUUUCACUUAGCGUUACUUCAUCUAACAUUGCAACAAGACACUAUCUAGAACUCAGUCUCAUCUUCCGCCCUCCUCACCUCAUUCUGCCGACCAGGGAGAAAUUGCAAGGGAAGUUUCGAGUGUUGUCGAAAAUUUUCACUAUAUCUCACCAUUUUUGAGCUCGAGGAAAUCAUCAUAAAACAUGACGGACUCCAAAUAUUUCACCACGACAAAGAAAGGAGAAAUAUUUGAAUUAAAAGCUGAACUAAACAGCGAUAAGAAAGAUCGAAAGAAGGAAGCCGUAAAAAAAGUAAUUGCAAGCAUGACUGUUGGAAAGGAUGUCAGCUCUUUGUUUCCUGAUGUUGUUAACUGUAUGCAAACUGACAAUCUUGAGUUGAAGAAAUUGGUCUAUUUAUAUCUCAUGAAUUAUGCUAAGUCACAACCAGACAUGGCGAUCAUGGCCGUCAACACUUUUGUAAAGGAUUGUGAUGAUCCAAAUCCCUUGAUUCGAGCGUUGGCCGUGCGUACAAUGGGGUGUAUCAGAGUCGACAAGAUCACAGAAUACUUGUGUGAACCUUUGAGGAAAUGUUUAAAAGAUGAAGAUCCCUAUGUAAGAAAAACAGCUGCUGUGUGUGUUGCCAAGCUUCAUGAUAUCAACUCACAACUUGUUGAAGAUCAAGGUUUUCUUGACCAGUUGAAGGAUCUUUUGUCCGACUCAAAUCCUAUGGUUGUUGCUAACGCCGUAGCUGCUCUUAGUGAAAUUAGCGAUGUUUCCUCAUCUGCGGCCGAAGCACUGGAACUCAAUUCUCAGACCGUGAAUAAACUAUGUACAGCUCUGAAUGAGUGCACCGAGUGGGGACAGAUUUUUAUUCUCGAUUGCCUUGCAACAUACACACCAAGGGACGACAAAGAAGCUCAAAGUGUUUGUGAACGUGUAACGCCACGUCUUUCUCAUGCCAAUGCCGCUGUUGUACUCUCAGCAGUUAAGGUUCUCAUGAAGUACAUGGAAAUUUUAGAGGGUUCGUCAUUCACUCAGGGCAUUGUGAAGAAACUCGCUCCACCUUUGGUGACAUUGUUAUCAAGUGAAGCUGAAGUGCAAUACGUUGCCUUAAGAAACAUAAACUUGAUUGUUCAGAAAAGGCCAGAGAUUUUGCUGAAUGAAAUGAAAGUAUUUUUCGUCAAAUACAAUGAUCCAAUUUAUGUUAAACUGGAAAAGCUGGAUAUUAUGAUUCGCUUGGCAAAUCAACAAAAUAUCGCCCAAGUUCUUGCUGAGCUCAAAGAGUACGCCACUGAGGUUGACGUUGAUUUUGUAAGAAAAUCAGUGAGAGCCAUUGGUCGUUGUGCUAUUAAAGUCGAGCAAUCUUCAGAAAAAUGUGUAAGCACACUCCUCGAUCUCAUUCAAACUAAAGUUAACUAUGUUGUUCAAGAAGCCAUUGUUGUUAUCAAGGAUAUUUUCCGUAAAUACCCAAACAAGUACGAGAGCAUCAUCUCCACGUUGUGCGAGAAUCUAGAUUCUCUAGAUGAGUCUGAAGCAAGAGCUUCGAUGAUUUGGAUUAUCGGAGAAUAUGCUGAGAGAAUUGACAAUGCUGCCGAAUUAUUGGAGUCAUUCCUCGAAGGCUUUCAAGAUGAAAACACUCAGGUUCAGUUGCAAUUAUUGACUGGGAUUGUAAAACUUUUCCUAAAGCGUCCGUCCGAGACUCAAGAGUUGGUUCAACAAGUUCUGAGUCUUGCAACACAAGAUAGUGACAAUCCAGAUUUAAGAGAUCGCGGUUACAUUUACUGGAGGUUAUUGUCCACAGAUCCCGCCGCAGCCAAGGAAGUCGUUCUCGCUGAGAAACCGUUGAUUUCUGAAGACACUGAUCUCUUAGAGCCGACCUUACUGGAUGAACUCAUCUGUCAUAUCUCUUCAUUGGCGUCAGUAUAUCAUAAACCUCCGAGUGCUUUUGUUGAGGGUCGAACAAGUGCUCGCCGAUUCACUCUCCCUGCAAGAGCUGAACCCACACCGGCUAGCGCUCCCACUGACAGCGCCCCUCCUGUAGCACAGCAAGCAACAGUGAUUCCUUCCCAUCCACCUCAGCAAGAUUCAUUAAUAGGUGACCUUAUUGGAAUGGACUUUGGUGGUAGUACGAUGCCUGUACAAUCUGCACCAGUUAUGCCACCAGCAGCUAUAAGUAGCAAUCAUUCUGGAGUUGAUUUAUUAGGCGCAGAUCUUGGUUCUCUACAGCUUGGUGGUGCUCCUGUGGGAGCUCCCCCCGUUGCCGCUCCUGGAGGUCUUGGUGAUCUAUUCAGUUUAUCGGGAGGUGCUGGCCUUACAUCCGGUUACGUCGCCCCGAAAGCGGUGUGGCUGCCUGCAGUUAAAGGGAAAGGUUUAGAAAUUUUAGGAACUUUCUCUCGUCGUCAGGGUCAAAUUUUCAUGGAUUGUACGUUUUACAAUCGAGCGAUGCAAGCUAUGGGAAACUUUGCUAUACAACUCAACAAGAAUAGUUUUGGUCUGGCACCGGGCGCUCAGUUACACGUUUCCAAUCCUUUACCGGCCAACCAAUCUUCUGAAACAUCGCUGUUGCUCAAUACCAAUGGUCCUAUCCAGAGAAUGGAUCCGUUAACGAACCUUCAAGUGGCCGUAAAGAAUAAUAUUGACGUGUUUUACUUCAGCUGUGUUGUUCCUAUGUAUGUUUUCUUUGUUGAAGCUGGACAAAUGGAUCGUAAAGUAUUUCUGGCUAUGUGGAAAGACAUUCCUGCAACAAACGAGGUCCAAAAACAAUUCCAUUGCAACUUCAAUUCGGAUAUGGCGCAACAGAAACUCGCCGCAAAUAACGUGUUCACUGUGGCCAAACGAACCGUAGAUGGACAGGAUAUGUUGUAUCAGUCGUUGAAGUUUACCAAUAACAUAUGGGUACUUGCCGAGUUGAAGAUGGAGCCGAAUAAUCCCAUCGUGCAGUUGGCUUUGAAAACCCAAGCAAUGGAUGUGAUUAAUGGUGUUCAAGAGGCUUACGUGACCAUUCUUUCAAAUUAGUUUAUGCUACCAUGAAAAUGUAAUGCAAUUAAUUUGGUAAUACUUAUACUCAAGCAUUAUGAA